AUGUGGAAGCUGAAGAUCGCCGAGGGAGGAAGUCCGUGGUUGCGGACGACUAACGGUCACGUCGGGAGGCAGUUCUGGGAGUUCGACCCGAACGCGGUCGGGUCACCGGAAGAGUUAGAUGCGAUCGAGAAGGCGCGUGAGAAUUUCCGCCUUAAUCGGUUUGAAAAGAAGCACAGUGCCGAUCUUCUCAUGCGCAUUCAGUUUUCAAAGGAUAAUCCAAAUAUUGAAGUUCUGCCUCAAGUCAAAGUGAAAGAAAUACAAGACCUCACUGAAGAUAAUGUUGCCAAAACUUUGAGAAGAGCCAUCACUUUCUACUCAACUCUUCAGAGCCGCGAUGGACACUGGGCUGGGGAUUAUGGGGGCCCAAUGUUUCUCAUGCCUGGCUUGGUCAUCACGCUAUCUAUUACAGGUGCACUUAAUGCAGUAUUGUCCAAAGAGCAUAGGCUUGAGAUGUGUCGUUACCUUUACAAUCACCAAAACGCAGAUGGUGGGUGGGGUUUGCAUAUUGAGGGACCAAGCACUAUGUUUGGUUCAGUCUUAAAUUAUGUAACUCUGAGAUUGCUUGGUGAAGGACCUAAUGAUGGAGAUGGGGCAAUGGAGAAAGGGCGAAAGUGGAUUUUGGACCAUGGUGGUGCCACUGCAAUUACUUCCUGGGGCAAAAUGUGGCUCUCGGUACUUGGCGCAUAUGAAUGGUCUGGGAAUAAUCCUCUGCCCCCUGAAAUCUGGCUUUUGCCGUACGCUCUUCCUUUCCAUCCAGGAAGGAUGUGGUGCCACUGCAGGAUGGUUUAUCUACCUAUGUCCUAUUUGUAUGGAAAGAGGUUCGUUGGUCCAAUAACACCAACAGUUCUAGCUUUGAGGAAGGAGCUUUAUUCAGUUCCCUACCAUGAAAUAGACUGGAAUUCCGCACGCAACCAAUGUGCCAAGGAAGACCUCUACUACCCACACCCCCUUGUGCAGGAUGUAUUAUGGGCUUCUCUUCAUAAAGUUGUGGAGCCAAUUAUGCAAAAUUGGCCCGGGAAGAAGCUGAGAGAGAAAGCCCUUCGUGUAACAAUGGAGCACAUACACUAUGAGGAUGAAAAUACUCGCUAUAUUUGCAUAGGCCCUGUGAACAAGGUCUUAAACAUGCUUUGCUGUUGGGUAGAAGACCAAAAUUCAGAAGCCUUCAAAUUACACCUCCCUAGAAUCCAUGAUUAUCUCUGGAUUGCUGAAGAUGGCAUGAAAAUGCAGGGCUAUAAUGGAAGUCAAUUGUGGGACACUGCCUUUGCUGUUCAAGCAAUUCUUUCUGCAAAUCUUAAUGAAGAGUAUCUGCCCACAAUAAAGAAAGCACAUACAUUCAUAAAAAGUUCUCAGGUGCUAGAUGAUUGCCCGGGAGAUCUUAGUUUCUGGUAUCGCCACAUAUCAAAAGGUGCUUGGCCUUUUUCAACUGCAGACCACGGUUGGCCUAUAUCAGACUGCACGGCCGAGGGUUUAAAAGCUGCUCUCUUGUUGUCGAAAUUACCAACAGAGCUUGUGGGCGAGCCAUUGGAUGCAAAGAGAUUUUACGAUGCUGUAAAUGUCAUUAUCUCAUUGCAGAAUCCUGGUGGUGGCUUGGCUACUUAUGAACUUACAAGAUCCUAUGCUUGGCUGGAGAUGAUCAACCCUGCAGAAACUUUUGGUGACAUAGUCAUUGACUAUCCUUAUGUGGAGUGUACCUCGGCUGCAAUUCAAGCGUUGACAACAUUUAAGCAACUAUACCCUGGGCAUCGAAGAGAAGAAGUAGAACAAUGCAUAGAGAAGGCUGCUUUAUUUAUUGAAAAGAUUCAAGAAACAGAUGGCUCUUGGUAUGGCUCUUGGGGUGUUUGUUUCACUUAUGGACUGUGGUUUGGUGUAAAAGGUCUGGUGGCAGCUGGAAGAAAUUACGAUACUUGUCCUGCCAUCCGCAAGGCCUGUGAUUUCCUGUUGUCCAAACAGCUGCCUUCUGGUGGUUGGGGGGAGAGUUACCUUUCCUGUCAGAACAAGGUAUAUUCAAAUCUUCCAGGCAACAGAUCACAUGUGGUAAAUACUUCAUGGGCCAUUUUGGCACUCAUUACAGCUGGGCAGGUUUUGUACAUUGCCUAG